CUUCUACCAUGUGACCUCUGUGAUCAUUCACAGAUUUCACACGUAGUAAGCAAUGAUGUCAGAAGUGACAUCUUGCUUACUACUUUGCAUGUGAUCACUGAUUGGCCAAUCAGUGAUCACAUGAUUGGGACCUCGUACAGAGGUCCCGUCCGGCGAUCGGUGUUUCACUGUGUUCGGAGGACACAGCUGGCACGGGAUUGUGCAGUUUAUAAACGGCCACCCGACCCUGCAGUGCCACCAGCUGUUUAUUUAAAACGGCCAGUUGGGAAGUGGUUAAUGUCUGCAUCUGUUAACAUCCGUGUGUGGUUU